AUGAUCCAGACUACUAGCCAGGACGGUAUCUUGGAUCUUGCAUACCCAGUCAGGGAGCCAUGUGUAAUCCUGCACUGGCAGGUGUAUCCUCCACCCACGAUCCCCAUGCCAUGCAUACAGGAGGUCCCCAGAUCGAAACUGGGUGAUGUCAACAGGCCCAGGGCGCAGUCCUCUUGCUGCGGUGCACUGCGACAGGUGUAUCCUCCACCCACGAUCCCCAUGCCAUGCAUACAGGAGGUCCCCAGAUCGAAACUGGGUGAUGUCAACAGGCCCUGGGCGCAGUCCUCUUGCUGCGGUGCACUGCGACAGGUUGGCCGCUCGUCCAGGUGCCUGCAAUGCUGGAAUGAGAUCACAUGCUUGGAACUGGGUGCAGGUGUAUCCUCCACCCACGAUCCCCAUGCCAUGCAUACAGGAGGUCCUCAGAUCGAAAUUGGUGAUGUCAACAGGCCCUGGGCGCAGUCCUCUUGCUGCGGUGCACUGCGACAGGUUGGCCGCUCGUCCAGGUGCCUGCAAUGCUGGAAUGAGAUCACAUGCUUGGAACUGGGUGCAGGCUCAGCCACCGGCUGGGAGUCCAUGCAUACCGUUUGA